GGCUUACUACAGUGGAAUUAUACCCCUACAGCGAACUGAGAUCACCCCCAAUCAACCUAGUUACAAAACUUGGCUCAAACCUCAUGCCAACUGAAUAAACAGAAUUAACUCACAAGCUGUACGCCACAUCACUGCUGCUGCAGCCAGGGCAUGGAGGCUCUCUUCGACCACGUGGGCCACUUUGGAAGAUUUCAAGCAUACAUAUACUUUACUUCUGCUUUUCAAGCAAUCUCAUGUGGUAUUCACUAUCUGGCCUCCGUGUUCAUUGCUGUUACACCAAAAUAUGUUUGCAGACCUCCAGGAAAUGCCAGUCUGAUCUUACUCCAUAACGACUCUUUCUCUGGGUUCCAUGAAGUGUGGAACCUGUGGACAUCACCAAAUGACCACCUUGUUGUCCAGCAGGAAGAUGGGGACAUCUGGGAACUGCAGCAUUGCAGCCGGUUUAAACGUGAAAACAAAGAAGAUUUGAUGUACAAAUCUGAUGGAAAUAAGACUCUAUUUUCCUGUACUGAUGGAUUCCAUUAUGAUUUUACUAAUUUAGAUAGUAGCAUAGUGACUGACUGGGAUUUGGUUUGUGACCAUGAAUGGCUUGCUAAAUUAGUUCAACCUACCUUCAUGCUUGGAGUGCUCAUCGGAGCAGUGUUCUUUGGUGAUAUUGCAGACAGAGUGGGAAGACGACCAAUAAUGUGGAUCACAAGUUCAUGCCAGUUUUUAUUUGGUGUUGCUGUGGCAUUUACCUUCAACUAUUACAGCUUUGUCAUUGUUCGUUUUUUCCUGGCUACGGUAUCCAGUGGCUACCUUGUAGUAGUAUUUGUAUAUGUGACAGAAUACAUAGGGAUCAAAGCCCGCACUUGGGCGUCUAUGCACAUUCAUGCCUUCUUUGCCGUAGGAGUUAUGUUUGUUUCUUUGGUGGGUUAUCUAGUGCGAACUUGGUGGAUAUAUCAAAUCAUUCUUUCUGUCACCACCCUACCCUUUCUCCUAUGCUGCUGGAUGCUUCCUGAGACUCCCUUCUGGCUGCACUCCCAGGGUAAACACAGAGAGGUAGAAAAUAUAAUUGCCACAAUGGAAAAGUGGAACAGAGUGAAAAGUCCCUGCAAACUCUCUGAACUGUGUCCUGUGGAGGAAACCAACCGUACUAAUGCUGAAGAUGUCCAUGUGUCCAAAAAUCAUAAUGUGGUUGACUUGUUUCACAACUGGAAGUUUGCAAGAAGGACCAUUUCUGUUUGGCUCAUCUGGUUUACUGGUAGUUUGGGAUACUACGUAUUUGCCCUAAACUCUGUCAGUCUGGGAGGAAAUGAAUACUUGAAUCUUUUUCUUUCAGGUGCUGUGGAAAUUCCCUCUUACAUAGUUUGCUGCCUGGGCAUGGACUAUCUGGGAAGGAGAAAUACAUUGGCUCCAUUUCUUUUACUCAGCACUGUCAUCUGUGUUGUGAUUAUGCUCAUACCUGAGGGACAUAAUACUGUUACCAUCAUUAUGAGUAUGGCUGGGAAGUUUGCCAUUGGUACUGCUUUUGGCCUUAUAUACCUAUACACGGCUGAACUAUAUCCAACAGUUGUGAGGUCCCUGGCUGUUGGCAGUGGAAGCAUGAUGUGUCGACUGGGUAGCGUGGUUGCCCCAUUCUGUGUGUACCUGAAGGAUGUUUGGAUUUUUAUGCCACAGCUACUAGUUGGAAUCAUGGCAUUAAUAACUGGAAUAUUAACCCUUAUGCUCCCAGAAACACUUGGGAAGCCACUCAUGAACACAAUGGAGGAAGCUGGAAAAAUAGAAAAAAAGACAGAAAGUAAAAGAAAAUCAUUAAUAGAAGCCAAUGGGGUUGCCAUGGAAAAGCUAGAUUCCGCUACAAUAGGUGCCCCUAAUGCUUAGACUCAAAAGCAAUACAUCAUGUAAUAUUCAUUUAUAAAGCG